AUGGUGCUGACAAACGAGGAGAAUACAUCACCGACAGCGAACCUGGACUUUGAAACACAGCAGACGACUCUUCUGACACUGACUGCAACAGAUGAUGGAGUCCCUCCUCAGUCAUUUCAGAAAACUUUCACCGUCAUCAUCGUCGACAGGAACGAGCCACCGUCAGAUAUAAGUCUCUCCAUGAACAAAGUAUCUGAAGACAGUCCUAUCGGAACUGUUGUGGGUGACCUUGGAGCAGUGGACCCUGACAACAGGAAAGACGCUGGAGGUCAGACCUUCACCUUCAGCCUGCCGGACGACGGCAGAGGCUUGUUUGAGGUCAAGGGCAAUCAGCUUGUCACCGCUUCGUCACGUGUUCGGUGUGGGACGGACCUCUGUCGUCUGGAUUUUGAGACCGACUCCGAGAUCCACAUCACCGUCAGAGCUCGUGAUAACGGGAAGCCUCGGAUGAGUUUUGAUGAGAUAUUUAUCAUAAGCGUUCUUGAUGCCAAUGAUCCACCGGAAAAUCUCCGACUGACACGGGCCAGUUUGCGGGAAAACCUACCUGCUGGCACCAUCGUUGGUACCUUGAAUGCAGACGACACUGAUCAGUCUCAGACCUUGACCUUUGAGGUGAUCGAGAGCUCCAUCUUCAUGAUACACGACUCAAACCUUCUGGUCACAAGCAGAAGUCUUAAUUACGAAGAAACCUUUAGUUAUCAGGUCAAGGUCAAGGUCACUGAUAGCGGGUCACCGCCAGCGUCGGUGGAAGAUGUGAUGACAGUGACGGUUUUGGACGUCAACGAGGCCCCCGACUUCACUAGCAUCAGUAUCGUGAGCGUGUCUGAGGAUGAAGAUGUAGGAACGGUCAUCGCCAACAUCUCCGUAGUCGACCCCGAUGCUGAUGCGAAGAUCAGCUUCUCCAUCACAAAGUUUGAAGAUGAUUUCAUGACAACUCAGCCUAUUUGCUCAAAACAGACGGACUCGGCGGGAACAGUAUGUCUGACGUCACUCUUGAGUCUCAUCGCGUUUGACUUCGACAAGCAUCCUUUGUACUCUCUUCCCGUGGUUGCUAGGGACAACAAAGAUUUGGAGACACAGCAACUCCUGACCAUCAAAAUAGUGAACAUCAAUGACCCUCCCCAUGAUAUCCUGCUGGACGGCAUCUCGACGUCAAAGAUUGACAUUGCUGAGAACGUAUCUCCUCUCGAUGUAGCCACAAUGUCCACCAUUGACAGAGACAAGGGACAGGCACACACCUACCGUAUCAAGUAUCAAGAUGGCGGCGAGCAGUUCGCAGUUAGCGGGGACCUCCUCAGGCUGUCAACCGCCGCUGACCACGAGGUGACCCCGGAGAUCCACCUGACGCUGGAGGUGACCGACUCGGGGGAUGUUCCACGGUCACUGGAGAAGAACAUCACAGUCGUGGUGAAGGACAUCAACGAACAGCCGUCACAGCUGGCGCUCUCGAAUAAAGCGGUGGCCGAGAAUAGUGGGGAGGGAACAGUGAUUGGCACGUUGAUCGCAGUCGACCCUGACAACGCUGACUCCAACAGGCAGCUGUUCACCUUCAGCCUGAUGGACAAUGCUGACGGGAGGUUCCGGAUUCAGGGAGACCAGUUGCUGGUUGCUCAACCCAACAAGGAUUGCUUGUCAAAGGGUGGCGACUUCUGUCACUUGAACUACGAGGACAAGAAAACCCACUCAAUCCAGGUGGCUGUGGCAGAUAGUGGAGUGCCCAGCAAGAUGAACCGAUUUGUACUGGAGGUGAAUAUCACAGACGUCAACGAUGCUCCCAGAAACCUCCGACUUAGCGGUGAGUUCGUGUUGCGCGACGAUGCUGUGUACUUAAAUAUCCUGGAUCUAAACAAUAAAGUUGAGGAGUUAGCAUCAACUGGUACCAAGGUUGGAACGUUGACUGUGGAUGACGAGGAUGUUGGGCAGACUCACACCUUCUCCCUGUUGGGGGAUGCAGAGGGCAUGUUUAAGAUAGAAUCUGCAAAAACUGUUGUCAAGGCAACGGAUGAUAGACUAAACAACAAAAAGACUUACAAAAUAGUUGUACAAGCAACGGAGAAUGGAAUAGAUCCUAAAACGACUGAAGAAACGUUCUAUCUGACUGUGACCGGAACUGAAGAAGCCCCUCGUGACGUCAGCAUUACGUCUCAGGAUGGCGUCAACCAGUUUUCCCGGAACGAACCAACCGUUCGAGAAGAUGCAGCAUUAGGCAGUAUCGUUGGAACCGUCACGGCCGUGGACAAUGACCCAGGGUCAGUCAUUACUUUUGAGCUGCUGGACAACGCUAAUGGUCACUUCAUGAUCGAGACCACGCCUGCUUCCUGUAGACCAGAAGGCACAGGCACAUUGUGCAGCACCCACAUUAAGUUGUCGAAGCCAAUGGACUUUGAGACGAAUCCCCAGCACCCCAUCGUGGUGAAGGCGGUGGAUGGCCAGGGGAUGCGGUCCUCAGAGGCGUUCACUGUUGGCGUUAUCAAUGUCAAUGAGGCACCAGUGGCCAUGGAAUACAUAGGCGGGGACAUAACAGUGGAAGAGAACCACAACGGGGAACAGCUGAGUGUGUUGACGGUCACGGACCCCGACAAAGACGACACUCACAUCUUCUCCCUCACCGACAACGCUGCUGGCAAGUUCAUCAUUUCAGAGAAGGGCCAGCUUGAAACUUCACAAGAUGCAAAGUUGGACUAUGAGUCUGAGAAGAAGCUUGUGAUAAGAGUGAAAGUGGUGGAUAAAGGAGGUCUGGCACUUGAACAGACCUUUCACGUCUACAUCCUAGACCUUAAUGAACAGCCUGAUGCUCUCAACAUCAGCAACAACCAGGUUGAAGAGAUGGUCAAGGCUGGCACUGUGGUCGGGAAGCUGACGGUCAACGACCCUGACAAUGCUGGUGGUCGCACAGUCCAGCAGUUCACCUUCAACCUACUUGAUGAUGACGGCGGCAGGUUCAUGUUGGAUGGAGAUACAUUGAAGAUUGCCGACGAAGGAGUCAUGUGUAGCGUCAAGGGCGGGACGUUCUGUUUGUUUGACUUUGAGUCUCAGGAAUCACACAACAUCGCGGUUGAAGUGACAGACGACGGAGAGCCCAAACUGACCAGCACCUUCACGUUGACCCUCCGCGUGCUGGACCUUAAUGACCCUCCGAUGGACCUCUCGCUGGACAAGGUCAACAUCCCGGAACAAAUGGACGUAGGAGGUGUGAUAGGAAUGUUGUCCGCGGCGGACCAGGAUCGUGACCAGCGCCUGGAAUUCUCUAUAGCUGGUGGCGAUGCGACAGACGUGGUCAGCGUAGAUGGUAUCAAACUGAUACUCAACAAAUCGGUGGAUUUUGAGGAGAAACCGUCUUAUACCGUUAUCGUGAAGGUCAAGGACAAUGGCAACCCCCCGUCUGAGACAAAACGAGAAUUCGUUUUAAAUGUUGUUAACGUCAAUGAAGCCCCUACACAAAUGUCAAUAGAGCCAAUAAAAGGGGGUCCUUACAUGACGUUCCCCGUGGAUAGACCAGUCGUUGGAGAGAACGAGCCAGAGGAGACAGUGAUUGGUCAACUCUUUGUCCUUGACCCAGAUAAAGAUGAGCAUAUAACUGCUGUGUCGUCUAGUGCCAUGAUUUCUAUAGAGGAAAUGGGAUGUUUAACUCUGACAAAAGGAACCCGAUGUGCUGGCAACGUGAAAACCGAGAGAAUGUUUGACUUCGAGAGUGAGUCUUCGUUUGUCGGUAACAUCACAGUGACCGAUGGUGAGGGGAAGAGUCUGAGCCAGCAAUUUACUUUCUCUGUUGUGGACAAAAACGACCCUGCCAAGGAUAUCCUGAUAGACGGGCAGGCUGACGGAGCCCUGACGAUCCUAGAGAAUUCGGUGGACAAGGUGGUCGGUACCUUGACUGCUGUAGAUCCAGACGUUCAUCAGUCGCACUCAUUUGCGAUUCUAAAUGGACCCCAGUUUUUCUUCUUUGUUGGCAACCAACUCAAGUUGACGACAUCUGCACAUCUGGAUUUCGAGAAGGCCUCCGAGUUUGUAUUGACGGUGAGUGCCACGGAUGAUGGUCAGCCGCCAAUGACCUUUGAGAAGCGGGUCACGAUCAAAGUCACAGACGUGAACGAGGCUCCAUCAAGUGUGUCCCUGUCGAAAAAUCAAGUAUCUGAGGCCAGUGCUGUUGACACGGUUGUUGGGGCGUUAUCCACCGAUGACCCAGACAAUACCAAGACGAUGUUGCAGACAUUCACCUACACCAUCAUCGACGACGACGAUGGUAGAUUCAAGAUAAAUGGGUCUCAUCUUCUGGUUGCCAAACCCGACUUUGACUACGAGAGCAAACGUUCAACAACGGUAAAAGUUCAGGUAACAGACAGUGGAUUGCCUCCCAUGACCUUGGACUCUGAAUUCAUCAUUGACAUAAUUAACGCAAAUGACCAACCGACCAAUCUCAAGUUUUCAGCCAGCACCAUAUCGGAAGAUGCUUCAGUUGGGACCAUAGUUGGAACGUUGACCGCUGAUGACGAUGACGACGGCCAGACACUCUCGUACAGCGUAGGUCAGAGUGACCUCUUGACCAUCCGAGAGGACCAGGUCCUGGUCAACGGUCUCCUCAACUACGAGGCUCAGUCCAGUAUCACAAUCCUCGCCACUGUGGCUGAUGACGGCGAGCCUAGUCUCUCGAUGUCCCGUAACUUCACCAUUGAUGUUAAAAAUGUAAACGACAAACCGUCCAGUCUGGAGCUGCGGUCAGUGAGUAGUGCUGGCAGUCUGAACGUGUCGGAGAGUAUGCAGGUCGGAGAGGUGGUUGGAGUUAUUGUCGUAACGGAUGAAGAUAUGAUAGAGAGAAUCACAAUAACUUUGGAUGUCCUGGAGGGUGGUGUGUUCAAACUAGACGCCAGCGGACCCACCUGUAGCCUGGUAAGGACUGUCAUCCUGAUAGGUCGUUCCUCUAAAUUGAUUCUAAAGACUUUCAAAUCUUUACUUAACAAAUGUGCAUGA